AUGAAAACCACCAAAAAUUCAAAUGAAUUAAUUAAUUGGGUUGAAGAUUUUAUAUUAGUAAAUAAUAUUAAGUAUUACAAAUAUGAAAAUUUUUAUAAUAUUGAGAAAAUUGGUAACCAAAUUUAUCGUGCAAAUUGUAAAAAUUCGGAACAACAUUUUGUAUUAAAGUCCUUUAAUAUUAUUGACAAUGACAUUUUAAAAGAAGAACUCAUUCAUGAGUUUAAACUUCAAAGUAAAGUUAAUUUUCAUAAUAAUUUAAUUAACUUUUUUGGAAUUACUGAUAAAGAAAAUCAAAAUGGUCAAAUGAAAGAAUAUUUAUUAGUAAUGGAAUAUGCUAACGGUGGUUCCCUUCGAGAUUAUUUGAAAGAAAAUUUUAAUAAUCUUACUUGGAAGGACAAAUAUGAAUUGGCGUACCAGUUAGCAUGUGCUAUAUUAUUUUUACAUGAUAAAGGAAUUGCGUAUCAUGAUUUGUACCCUGGGAAUAUUUUUUUUCAUCAGAAAACCAUCAAAUUAGCCAAUUUUACAUUAUUAAAUAGAAUCAAAAGAGUUUCUGAAAACCAAUCAGGUUCAUUUGAUAAAAUUCUUUAUAUCGACCCAAAAAGGUUAAAUGACAAUAAUGAAUUAAUACAAUCAUAUUCAUUAAAUGAAAAGAGCCAUGUUUACGCUUUUGGAAUGAUUCUAUGGGAAAUAUCAAGUGGUCGACCAUCAUUUGAAGACGAAUCAAAUGAUGCUAAUUUAAUUAAGAAAAUUUUACAGGGUUACAGAGAAACAAACGUUUUAGGUACUCCCGUUGAUUAUUCUAAUUUAUAUACUGAAUGUUGGAAUAAUGAACCAAAUAAAAGACCGACAAUGAGACAAGUGAUUUAUAAAUUAAGAGCAAUGGUUACAAAGUCAACCCAAUUAUUUAAUUCAAGCAAUGUUAUUCGAUCGGAUACUAAUGAUUGUUUAUUGUAUGGAUAUGGAAAAUUGUCUCAUAUGAUCGAAAUAGAACCUACAAUACAACAAAUUCACGAAAACAUAUUUGAAGAAGAUUUAAGUAUCAUAAUUGAUAAAUUUGUUAAUAUUUAUUUUAAGGAAAUAAAUGAAGGAAUAGAAGAAAGUGUAUGUAGGGAAAGUGCUUUCGGUUAUAUUGAUGAUUGCAAAAUUAGUAUACAAGAAAUUUACCAUUGGCUUUUAAUUAAUCAAGAUUGUUCAAAUUCUAUUUAUUUACUUGGAUAUUUUAAUUAUCAUGGAAUUGUAACUGAUAUUAAUAAGGAAAAAGCACUUGAACUUUAUGAAAAAGCUGCAGUAUUAGAAAACAAUAUGGCUCAAUUAAAACUUGUUUAUAUGUAUAAAGAUGGAGAAGUUUGUGAUAGAAAUUAUAAAAAAGCCUUUGAAUUAUCUAAAAAAUUAGCAGAAAUUGGGCUCUUGGGUGGAUUAAAUUUAUUAGGGUAUUGUUAUUGUAGUGGUAUUGGAACUGAAAUCAAUAUGCAAAAGGCAUUUGAAUUAUAUCAAAAGGCAACAAUUUUAGAAAAUCCAAAAGCUCAAUAUAACCUUGCUUUGAUGUAUGAAUUUGGAGAAGGUGUUGAAAUAGAUUUUGAUAAAGCUUUCGAAUUAGCUAAAAAAUCAGCAGAAGGGAAAUAUUUAUUCGGAAUAUCUCUAUUAGGAUGUUAUUAUAAUCUUGGAAUUGGAACUAAUGUUGAUAUAAAAAAGGCAUUUGGAUUAUAUAAAAAAGCAGCUGAUUUAGGGAAUUACGAUGCUCAGUAUCAUCUUGCCUUAUUGUAUGAAUCAGGAAAUGGAGUUGAAAAAGAUAUAAAUAAAGCCAUUUAUUGGUAUAAACAAUCUGCUAAGCAAGGAUUUCAAAAUGCUCAAAUUAAAUUAGAAAACCUACAAGAAUAAAUUCUCUAGAAUUUUCCAUACUUUAUUAUAGGUUAAGUUUAUACAAUUUUAUGUAUUUUUAUUUUAAUUUAUAUUCAAAAUUUAAGAAAAAUAAAUAAAU